AAAAAUGAUCUCAGUGACCUUUGAGGAUGUGGCUGUGAACUUCACCCAGGAGGAGUGGGCUUUGCUGGAUUCUUCCCAGAAGAACCUUUACAGAGAUGUGAUGUUGGAAGUCCUCAGAAACCUGGCUUUUAUAGGAAACAAAUGCGAUGAAAAGAAAAUUGAAUAUGAGAUAAAAAAUUCUGAGAGCAUUCUAAGGCACAUCACAUCUCACUCUGGACACAAAUGCCACAAGCAUGAUGAAUGUGAAGACAAGCCAUGCGAAUUUAAACAGUACAGGCAAUCCCUGGUUUUGCUCAAAAGUGUUCACACACAAAUGUUAAUACAAACUGGAGAGGGACCCUAUGAACGUACAGUAUGUGGGAAAGUCUCCAGUUGUUCCAGUUACAUUCAAAGGCAUGAAGAUACUCAUACUGGGUGGCAACCCUAUGAAUAUCAAAAAUGUGCUGGAGCCUCUUCUUCUCUCCCAGAUGUUCAAAGACAGAUGAGAACACACAGAGGAGGUAAACAUUUUCAAUGUGAGGUAUGUGGGGAAGCCUUUCAUUUCUCCUCUUUAUUUAGAAAACAUGAAAAAAUUCAUUCUGGAAAGAAACUCUAUCAAUGUAAAGAAGGUGGUCAAACCUUUAUUUCACACACAAGUCUUCAAAGGCACAGGAUCACACACACGGGGAAUGUACCUUUCAAAUGUAAGGUAUGUGGGAAAGAUUUUGCUUAUCCCAGUUCACUUAGAAUACUUCACAGAACACAUAUUGGAGAGAACCUCUAUGAAUGUAAGCAGUGUGGGAAAGCCUUUGCUACAUCCCAUAACCUUCAGAUUCAUGGGAGAACACAUAUCGGAGAGAAGCUUUAUGAGUGUAAGCAGUGUGGCAAAGCCUUUGCUACAUCUCAUCAGCUUCAUAAACAUCGAAGAAUACAUACAAUAAAAAAGCCCUAUGAAUGUCAACAAUGUGGAAAAGCCCUUACUACUGCCUUUGGCCUUCAGAUACAUGAACGAACUCAUACUGGAGAGAAGCCCUAUGAAUGUAAGCAGUGUGGGAAAGCCUUCACUCAGUCCUCUGGCCUUCACUCACAUGAACAAACUCAUACUGGAGAGAAGCCCUAUGCAUGUAAGCAGUGUGGCAAAGCCUUUGCCACAUCCAGUUACCUUCACAGACAUGGAAGAACACAUACUGGAGAGAAGCCCCAUAAAUGUAAGCAGUGUGGCAAAGCCUUUGCUAUAUUCAGUUACCUUCAGUCACAUGAAAAAACUCAUACUGGGGAGAAGCCAUAUAAAUGUGAGCAGUGUGGAAAAGCCUUUUCUACAUCUAGUCACCUUCAUAUUCAUGGAAGAAGACAUACUAGAGAGAAAUGCUCUGAAUGUCAACAAUGUGGAAAAGUCUUCACUACUUCCUCUGGCCUUCAGAUACAUGAACGAACUCAUAGUGGAGAGAAGCCCUAUGAAUGUAAACAGUGUGGUAAAGCCUUCACUCAGUCCUCUCACUUUUACUCACAUGAAAAAACUCAUACUGGAGCAAAGCCCUAUGAUUGUAAGCAGUGUGGCAAAGCCUUUGCUACGUCCAGUUACCUUCACAAACAUGGAAGAACACAUAUUGGAGAGAAGCCCCAUAAAUGUAUGCAGUGUGGCAAAGCCUUUGCUAUAUUCAGUUACCUUCAGUCACAUGAAAAAACUCAUACUGGGGAGAAGCCAUAUAAAUGUGAGCAGUGUGGCAAAGCCUUUGCUACAUCUCAUCAGCUUCAUAAACAUGGAAGAAUACAUACCAGAGAAAAGCCCUAUGAAUGUCAACAAUGUGGAAUAGCCCUUACUUCUUCCACUGGCCUUCAGAUACAUGAACGAACUCAUACUGGAGAGAAGCCAUAUGAAUGUAAGCAGUGUGGGAAAGCCUUCACUCAGUCCUCUAGCCUUCACUCACAUGUAAAAACUCAUACUGGAGAGAAGCCCUAUGCAUGUAAGCAGUGUGGCAAAGCCUUUUCUAGAUCCAGUUCUCUUUACAUUCAUGGAAGACUGCAUACUUCAGAAAAGCCCUAUGCAUGUAAGCAGUGUGGCAAAGCCUUUGCUACAUUCCGUUACCUUCAGUCACAUGAAAAAACUCAUACUGGGGAGAAGCCCUAUAAGUGUGAGCAGUGUGGAAAAGCCUUUUCUACAUCUAGUUACCUUCAUAUUCAUGGAAGAAGACAUACUAGAGAGAAAUGCUCUAAAUGUCAACAAUGUGGAAAAGUCUUCACUACUGCCUCUGGCCUUCAGAUACAUGAACGAACUCAUACUGGAGAGAAGCCCUAUGAAUGUAAUUCUGGCGACCCAAUCCUGCCUUGUGCAUUCUAG